AAAAACACAGUAUAUUCGAGUAAUUGAUGAGAUCAAGAUUUGGAUUCGUUGCUUACUCUGGAGAAAAAAACAAUCUGAACCCAAAUUCGCAGGUCGUUGAAAGUUGAAAUCCAAGGAGAAACACAAAAGAAGAAGAAGAAAAAGGAAGAAACCAGCGUCACAUCAUCGUGGUUCUGCAAAAUAUAUUUUUCUUUUUGGGUGAAUAAAUAAAGGGUUGUGCGUGGUGGUGUUUUGUUGUGUUUGUGAGUAUCUGAAUCCGCGCAGUUAGGUUUGUGAUUGAUUGAUUGAUCAAUCAAAGAGAGAGAGAGAGAGGGAAUGGGAGAUCAAGUGGAGGGAACGGUGCAGAACGUUCUGGAACAGGAGACUCUGAAGUGGAUCUUCGUUGGUGGCAAAGGCGGCGUCGGCAAAACGACAUGCAGUUCAAUCCUCUCCAUUCUCCUCGCCACCGUUCGCUCCUCCGUCCUCAUCAUCUCCACCGACCCCGCCCACAACCUCAGCGACGCCUUCCAGCAGCGUUUCACCAAAACCCCCACUCUCGUCAAUGGCUUUUCCAACCUCUACGCCAUGGAGGUGGAUCCUACUGUUGAGCAUGAGGACAUGGGUGGCGCUGAUGGGAUGGACUCCUUGUUCUCCGAGCUCGCCGGCGCGAUUCCCGGGAUUGAUGAGGCCAUGAGCUUUGCUGAGAUGUUGAAAUUGGUGCAGACAAUGGAUUAUUCUGUUAUUGUAUUUGAUACUGCUCCCACUGGCCAUACACUCAGACUAUUGCAAUUCCCAUCGGUUUUAGAAAAGGGUCUUGCAAAAGUGAUGUCUUUGAAAAAUAAAUUUGGUGGUUUGUUUAAUCAGAUGACCCGCAUGUUUGGCAUGGGUGAUGAUUUUGGAGAUGAUCAAAUUCUUGGGAGGCUUGAAGGCAUGAAGGAUGUAAUUGAACAAGUUAAUAAGCAAUUCAAAGAUCCGGACAUGACAACCUUUGUCUGUGUGUGCAUUCCUGAAUUCCUUUCUCUAUAUGAAACAGAAAGAUUGGUUCAGGAGCUUACAAAGUUUGAAAUUGACACCCACAAUAUCAUCAUCAAUCAAGUAAUCUUUGAUGAUGAAGAUGUUGAAUCCAAGUUACUUAAAGCAAGAAUGAAAAUGCAACAGAAAUAUCUGGACCAGUUUUACAUGUUGUAUGAUGACUUUAACAUUACCAAGCUGCCACUGCUCCCAGAAGAGGUUACUGGGGUUGAAGCUCUGAAAGCAUUUUCAAGACAUUUUACAUCACCAUAUCAAGCCUUAUGCAGUAAAGGAGAUCCAGUAGAACGGUUGGAGAGUAAAGUAUCAGCAUUACAGCGCCAGUUACACGAGGCUGAAGAAGAGUUGGAGAGACUCAAAAGUGGCAAUUAGGUUUGAUGGUAUCCAUUCAUGAAUAAUGUCAUUGUAUGCCUUUUUGGUUCACAUUAUUUUUUAGCUUAAAUUUGAUAAAGCAUCUUUUUCUUUGUUGGGCUGCCAACACAAGUCAUUCCCUAUAUGCUUUUUAUUUAAUUAUUGUCACAGUGAGCUUUCUUAUAACCCCCCAAAAAAUAUUGCUGAGGUUAGUCUAAUUUGUUUCAUGAAUAUUCUUUACUUGUAUCUUUCAUAUUAUGAGUAGAAUAGUUUCUUAUCAAAUAUUCUU